AUGGCUUUAUUUAUGGAUCCAACGCUUGGUUACGUUAAAAAACUCGCUCAGGACAGAGCUGUGGAUUUCAUUUUCCACAAAAAUGAAGUUCAGUUAACAGAUACAGCAAAUGAACAUGCGCUGUCCUCUCCUGAGCCGGACCGGACCGGACACACAGAGGGACAGAGAAAGAGAAAAAGGACCAUAUUCAGCCGUGCUCAGUUAUCAGAGCUGGAGCGGGCUUUCGUGGUCACCCCAUACCCCGACAUCACUUUACGAGAGAGACUAGCGGCACUAACACUACUGCCUGAGAGCAAGAUACAGGUGUGGUUCCAGAACAGACGCGCCCGGAGUAUUAAGAGCGGGAGGCUGACCAGACCACUGAAGAGAAAUGCAGGGAGAGAGCCCAGUUCCGCUUGUCUCCAAGCAACCCCCGCUUCCCAGCUCAACCCCUCUCCAACCACCACGGCUGGCCCUGGACAGAUGGACAAGUCAGAGAGGCACUAUACCCCAGGCAGUCAGCAGCAGCAGCAGCACCAGCAACAGCACCAGCAACAUCAUCUCAGCAGCACUUGGGUCAAACAGGCUCUGGAACCCUGGUCUCAGAAUCUACCCCAUCCCACACCCCCACCACCACCCAUCUCCCCUGACCUCCCUGGAGCCCUGCCCUGGGGUCACAGGCAUCCACAACAGCCAGGGGCCCACUCAGUGGCCCUGGGCACAACUGGAAGGCUGACCCACCCCUCCACCCACCAGCAGUGGGAUGACUUCAGUCAGAUGGGCCCUGUAUCUGCCUCCUCGUCUGGUUACUCAGGGUGCAUGCCCAAAUCCUCCUGCAGUACCAUCCCAGGCAGGUUCCCCUCAAUCUCUGUGGAUCAGGUUGUUCCAACGCAUCCACCGCAGGGCUACUGGGAGGGUGCUAUGUACAGACAAAGCCAGGUCCCGACACACUACCCUCAGACGUCCCUUGGGGACAUCUCUGACCUCAUCUACAGUGCUGCCGUGGUUACCAACCUGGCAGAAUUCUGA